AUCCUCCUGUUCGGCUCUGUACCAUGACUUACACAUAGCAUCGCCGCAUACCACAUGAGCCAAUGUUCGCUUUGCCACUUACCUCGCUGUGCUCAUAUGACACUUCAUCACUAUUUCCGGAUCCUCCGACCACUUACUUUUCCAAUAAAUCAUGUCAAUCCAGAUGAUAACGUUCUCCCCUCCGAAUCCUUCUCGGCAACUUCCCAUAGCACAAUCCCUACCCUUCUCAUGCGAUGAGCAGCCCGACUAUUCACACCGAACGCAGAUCCCUCCUGGUGUCCUUUAUCAAUACCAACCCACUCCAAGCACACCGGCGCACCACCCAUACCCAUAACAUACAAAGCUCGCCACCACCUGCUUCUCGCUCGCAGCACAUCAGUAUAAACGUUCCCAACCUGCAAGUGACAGACAAAGAUCAUCCUACAGCGCCCGGCCGGUACGAAUAUCUGUGGACGCUCCAUCCUCGAAUCGCUCAAGGGCCCUUUUCCUCACACACUUCCCGGACUGUCAAAUUCUUGAGACCUGGUCGCUCAACCCCUCGGACUGCUCACACAGUAGCUCACUACCGCAUCAACCCAUACGUCCUUGGUCCUUGUUCAGUCGACCCUGUCCCUCUUUGCAUUGGUGAUCUACAUGCAAAUAACGCAUUGGUCGUGAGUUUGACAAAGCUCAUUCCAUUUCAUAAUCACUCGUAGCCUAGUCUCAACAGCCCGACCACAGACGACCUUUCCACCGUUUCGUAAUUCCGUACCGACGCGAAGCAUACUAAUGCGCCACAACCACCCUACGAUACGCAACGACCGCUCAGUAUCUCAUG